AUGAAGAGAAACAAGAAUCUAUCUAUUGUUUCCCUAGUACUCUUGCUGUCCAUCCUCUUCAUCGCGUCCUCCAGUACCGUUUCAGUUGAUGCAAGAAAGCAUCACAGUAAGAAAACCAAACCUCAUAAGCAUCCGAAAGAAAAGGGUGGCAAUGGCGGCUCAAAUUUUCCUGGUCCUACACCUGCCCCUCCUCCAGAUUAUGGACCUAUUCCCGCCCAUUCCAGCAUUUUCGAUAUUUUGUUCUUUGGAGCCAAGGGUGACGGAGUUUCAGACGAUUCUAAGGCACUCCUAGCAGCAUGGAAAGCUGCCUGCAGGAUUCCUGGGGCUACAGUAGAAAUCCCCUUUGAAUUCAAGUUCCUGAUCAAGCCCAUAACUCUUCAGGGUCCUUGCAUGCCUCACCUUGUUCUUCAGAUAGAUGGAACUGUCUUAGCUCCUUCAAAAGUUCGUUCGUGGCCAAAAUCCGGUCUUUUUCAGUGGAUAAAUUUCAAAUGGCUCCAUAACUUUACCAUUCAAGGCUCUGGUACUGUUGACGGCCAAGGCUCUAACUGGUGGAGUAGUACCACGUACGCUUGGCAAAAGAAAUCAAAGCACAUUCCAGACAUCAAACCCACAGCUUUGAGAUUCUACUCAAGCUAUGAUGUCAAUGUUCGCGACAUCAAAAUCAUAGACAGUCCGCAGUGCCACCUAAAAUUUGACAGCUCUGGUGGUGUCAAAAUUAGCAAUAUAACUAUUUCUUCGCCUGCGGAUAGCCCAAACACUGACGGGAUUCACCUGCAAAACACCCAAGACGUACAAAUUCAGCACUCUAAUAUUGGGUGUGGGGAUGAUUGUAUAUCCAUACAAGCUGGUUGCACCAAUGUCCAUGUUCAUCAUAUUAAUUGUGGUCCCGGACAUGGUAUAAGUUUAGGAGGACUUGGAAAGGACAAAACUAUUGCAUGCGUCUCCAAUAUUCUUGUCGAGAAUAUCUCAGUUCAAAACACUCUGUCAGCAGUAAGGAUAAAAACCUGGCAGGGAGGGAGAGGAUCGGUCAAGAACGUAACGUUUAGAAACGUUCAAGUUUCCGAUGUUAAGGUCCCAAUAAUGAUAGACCAGUUUUAUUGUGACAAGAGUUUCUGCAAGAACCAAACAAAGGCAGUGGAAAUAUCUGGUGUUAAAUACGAUCAGAUAAUUGGGACAUAUUCAGUGAAACCAAUUCAUCUUGCAUGCAGCAAUGGCGCCUGCACAGACAUCGGUCUAACUGAUAUUCAGCUGAACCCCUCGCCACUCUAUCAAGGUUUCCAGAAGGGUUUGUGCAGUAAUUCUUAUGGGAAAUCAAGAGCCCCUCUAGUUCCUUCGAGCAUAGAUUAUUGCUUAGGAAGUGUCGGAGAUGCAGUCAGAAGAAUAUCAAGAUCACAUGAUUAUGUAUGUUAGGGG